UUGAAGAUCAAUAAGUGCUACAAUUCAUAAAAAUAGUUCGUUGUCAAUUGCCUUGAAUAAGUGACCUAAGAAGAAUUAUAAACAUGAAUGUAAGCUUGUUUUCUUAUAAAAUUUAAAAAAAGAUGAUAACUAACAAAAACUUUAUUUCAAAUACAAAUAAAUUAAUAUUUUAAAAUUACUCAAAAAGUAUCUUCUACAUAGAAUAAAGCUUUAAACAUUAGAAAAAGUAUUAUCAUUGAAAAAAGAAGAAAGAAAACAUCAUACUGUUUAUAAAUUAGUAUUAGCAAAAGGAUAGUAGAAAGAAAGCAAAAAUUAAUUCAAGAUAUGCAUGCAUCAAAUAAAAUAUGUAGAAAGUGUGAAAAGUCCAACUGUUCGCAAUGUUUGAAUGGGCAGAUAAUCAUAACCGGAGAAGAAGAUGGUUGCGAUUUCGACUCGUCUAAUGCAAGUUACACCAACAUCCUCCAUAAUGUCCAACAGACCAAUGAUUUCCUAUGGGCUACAAGGGAUUUAAAUUUUCAACGAGUUAACAUCUCUCCUAUACCAGCACCAAGUCCGAAGCAGUUAAUACAGAUUGUUGCUAAACAUGUAGCAAAUAAAUUACAGAAUCAAGACAUGCUAACACCAGAUACAGUCACAAGGAUAAAUCAAAUUUUAAAUGAGAUUGGUUAUGAUUUCAAUUUGCCAAUUAUUAGGUGGUUAGCAUGGGUGCUUAAUAGAACACUUAAAUCGACAUUGGAUGGCCUUUAUGUUUCAAACGUACAAGCGUUGUUGGCCAAUCAAGGGAAAAGUCCAGUUGUGCUCCUACCUACUCACCGAAGCUACGCUGAUUUCAUUCUGAUGGCAUAUAUUGCAUUUUUAAACGAAAUUGAGUUACCAUGUGUGGCUGCAGGAAUGGACUUCCAUGCAAUGUUUAUGAUGGGUAGCAUAUUAAGAAAGUGCAAAGCCUUUUACAUGAAGCGGCGUUUUUAUGAUGACCCAUUGUACAAAAUGGUAUUCAACCAUUACCUGAGAUAUUUAUUAAUUUAUGGCAAUUCCCCUGUAGAAUUUUACAUAGAGGGAACAAGAAGUCGAUCAGGAAAGACAUUACCGCCAAAAUACGGGCUACUUUCAACUGUCGUUGAUUCUUAUUUGAGAAACGAAGUUGUUGAUGUCAGUAUUGUACCGGCAGCGUUAGUUUAUGAUAAAAUUAUGGAAGAAGUUUUAUUUGCUCAUGAACACCUUGGAGUACCCAAACCGAAAGAGUCAACAAUGAAACUGAUUAAGAGCCUUCGCAGUAUGAAUCAAAAAUAUGGAAAUGUCUAUGUUUCUUUUGGCAAUCCGAUAUCACUAAGAUCGUUUGUUAAAAACAAUAUGGACAGAGAAAACAAAAAUAAUCCAAAAGCUAUAAUGGAAGGCCUUACUAACCUAGGAAUUUCUAUAAUCAAAAGACAAAAGGAGCUUUCUGUUGUAACUGUGUUCAAUGUCGUUUCAAUUGCUGUUGCAAAUAUCAUUAUAAAAUCAGACCAAUACGCUACAGAGUUAGAAACCAUUUGCCAUCAUGUAAAUGACGUAACGACCAUCCUUAAAGAAGCUGGAGCUACAUUAUUUAUUCAAGAUGGUUUAAAUUUAGCGGAUGCAGUAACAGAGUCAGUGAAAAAUCACAAUAACCUUGUCACAAUAAGUAAACAUGGUCUUGUCCACUUUAAACGUAUCUAUGAAAAUGUAUCUCUUAAAAGCCAAGGGAAAUCUGAUUAUUUUAUGGAAAGAGGUCUUAUGCAAACAGCCAUACCGCGCAUCAUGUUACAACUGUACAUUAAUCCUUCGAUGACUUAUUUUUCAAAUCCAGCAUUGUUAUUGGCCAUUUUGCAGUCCAAAGAACAGGAACUUGACAUAGUUCAUUUAAAAAAUGAGUUUGUAUUAUUCAAUACUACAUUCAAAAGAGAAUUUGUUAAUAGUGAUACUUCAGUCGAUCGGAUAUAUAAUGAUGCUUUGGAUAUGCUGGAAAGACUUAAUUGUAUCGUUGUCAAUGGACCAAAAGUUUUCAUCAAUAGAAAUACAAACGAUUAUGUGGAGAUAUUGUUGAAUGCAUUAGCACCAUUCUUAGCUGGAUAUAUUUAUGUAAUACAUGUAUUACUUGAGAUACCUGAAGAUCAACAGUACACAAAUGCCGAGCUGCUGAAAAAAGUACAAUAUUUUAUUGUGUCUGUUCAUAAUGAAGGGAACUUAAAACAUCCGUAUGCCCUGUCGUUGGACCUUUUAGGAAAUGCUUUAGCGACAUUUUUGGAACUAGAAGUUUUAAUUAAAAGAGGGGGCACACCUAUGCAACUAAAUGUUAAUAAGAUUAGAGCUUUAAAACUUGCAAAUUCAUUGGAUUCUUUAAUGUUGGGCUUUCAACUAUUUUCCAACAUUAAUUUAUUAACGUGCAAACUGUGAGUGGAGAGAAUAUGCUGAAAUUCAUAUUUGUUUUUAAAAUUUGUAUUACAAAAUUUUUCUAAUUUAAUUGUUAUGUAGAAAUGUUAUAUAAAAUAUAGAUCAUUAACAACCUUUA